AUGGAAGAAAUAUUCUCCUACGGGUUCCGGGUCGGACAUCCUCGCUUUUUCUCCGUUAUUCCAUCACCUUCCUGUCCUGAGUCUUGGAUAGGCGAGACCAUCACUUCUGCCUUUAAUCCCUUUUCAGGGAGCCAAAAGGCCGGAACUGGUGUCUGUGCCAUCGAGAAAUCAUUCAUUGCCUGGAUUUGUGAACAAAUCGGUCUCCCUUCAUCAGCUGGGGGACACUUCGUGUCAGGAGCCUCCGUGGCUAACCUAACUGCCCUGAUAGUUGCUCGGGAUCAAAUGCUGGGGGAGAAAAUGUGGCGGCGUGAAAGGGCUGUCGGAUACAUAUCAGAUCAAACGCAUUUCUGUGUGCGCAAAGCUCUUGGGAUUAUCGGAUUCUCUGACCGAAAUAUCAGAGUGAUAGAAUCCAACUCCCAAUAUCGCAUGGAUGCCACUCAGCUCUCAAGGAUGAUCGACCAGGACUUGAAAAGCGGAAAUAUUCCUUUCGUCAUCGUUGGCACGUGCGGAACAACAAACACGGGUAGCAUUGACCCUUUGGAAGAGCUCGCUGAGAUCGCCGACAAGCACAACAUAUGGCUGCAUAUAGACGCCGCAUAUGGGGGCUCAGUGGCUUUUUCAAAAACGUACAAGGGCUUGGUGGCCGGUCUUCGGCAUGCAAACAGUAUUUCCUGGGAUGCACACAAGUGGCUGUUCCAGGUACAUGGGUGCGGUGCGGUGCUAUUUCGAGAAAGAACGCACCCACUAAAGAGCUUCGCCUCAUCAGCAGACGUUCUAGCAUCAAUCGAAGAUGCGGAAAAUCUCCUUGACCCAUGGAACUACGGCAUUGAGCUAACACGGCCAGCCCGUCAUAUGCCACUUUGGUUCUCGCUGCAGAGUCUGGGUAUGGAUAAAGUUGAUGCGAUGAUCUCAAGAGGAUUUUAUCUCGCAAAACUUGUGGAAACAGAGUUAAGAAAGCUACCACAUUGGAAGAUCAUAUCUCCGGCAGACAUGGGGAUAAUCACCUUUCGAUAUGUUCCUAAGGAAAAAUUCACGCCUGGGCCAGAUCUACUGAGCUCCCUGAUUUCUAAAAGGCUAGAAGCCGAAGAUAUUGCAAUCAUUUUGACUACCCGUCUCAAAGGGAUGGUAUGCCUACGGAUGUGUACCAUCAACCCGCGGACCCAGGAUUGUGAAAUUCGACAAGUAGUAAAAGCUCUCGAUCAGGUUGCAAAAGGUUUUGAACACGAGCAGUCAACUGGGAACACGACGUGA